CCUCCUGGAGAGAAGAAGCAGGUGGAUGUGCGCUGGUCUCUGACCACCAUGGCAGCAGCUCUGCCGGCGUGCUACCAUGGUGCCAUGACCAAGCAGGAGUGCGAGGACCUGCUGGGGAAGAAGAACAACGAUGGGGCGUAUCUGAUCCGAGACAGCGAGAGCAUCAAGGGAGCCUUGUGUCUCUGUGUCUACAAAAAGAAGGUGGUUUAUACCUACAGGAUACUUCAGGCUCACAACGGGAACUACACACUGCUGACGGCUGGAGGUGUGCAGGAGACGUAUUUUAAGACUUUGGAUGAUUUAAUCCGUAAUUAUAAGAGGAAGCACCAGGGCCUCGCCAUCCACCUGCGUCACUCUGUCAAAAGGAAGACGUCACUGUUAAUCCAAAUGGCAGAAAGGCCAGAAACACCUCAGAAUGUACGUAGAACACCUGGAGGAACAUCUGGAGGAUCAGCUGGAGGAACAUCUGGAGGAUCAGCUGGAGGAACAUCUGGAGGAUCAGCCGGAGGAACAUCUGGAGGAUCAGCCGGAGGAACAUCUGGAGGAUCAGCUGGAGGAACAUCUGGAGGAUCAGCUGGAGGAACAUCUGGAGGAUCAGCCAGAGGAACAUCUGGAGGAUCAGCUGGAAGAACAGUUUGCAACAGAUUUACCAGAAGACCUGCCCCUUUGCCUGUAGAAGAAGAAGAGCCGGACUACGCGAACAGUCCUUCUUCUGUGUACGUGGAGGUUCUUCCUGAUUAACACGGACUUCUAUCUACAAACCAGUGAGGACGCACAUGAAAGCAUCUUCUGGAAACAGAGGAGGAUAAAUCUACAGACUGAGUCUUCUGCAGGAAAACAAACAUGUAGAGUUUUUGGACUUUCACGUUUCUCAGAGCUCUGCUUCUUCUUUCUGGACUGAAACAAAAGCACAGAAGAUCAGAGGAGACGGAGCGCAUUCAUAAGUCUUAAAUCUGUUUCUGUGUGUCCCAAAAACAAAGUGGACAGUAAUGUUUUCCAGCUUUGUGAUGUUUCCACUCCCUCUGCAACAUCUAGAUACCCCUGGUGUCCAACAGAACCGGGUCAUCCACACCAGGACUGCAGCAGACCCGUCCAGAACAUGAACCCUGACCCAGACAGAACCCUGGUCCAGACCCACAGAACCCUGAUCCAGACCUACAGAACCCUGAUCCAGACCAGGAACGUGACUCUGGAUCCGUGUUUUCUGAGGAACCGGAGAGUAAAAGUGUUUUUUUGCUCUUCAGGAAGUAAAAUCUUCCAAGCGUUUUAUAAUUUAUUAUUGAAUAUUUACGUGACGUGCCAUCGAAGUGUGUUCUCUUCUGAAAUGUGCAGACGUCUUCUCCUCAUAAUGUUCUUGUAUUUGCUGAGUUCGACGGUACAUUUCUGACUAGCAGACUUUUGUGUUUUUGGAUUUUUGGAGCAAAAGUUGAACUUUUUGCCUGUCAGACACAUUCAAACAAAACAAAUCGUGUCCCAGCGACAGGCUGGCUGCUGGACAGAAAGAGCCCUGAGAUCGGAUUGGCUGCUUUUUUUAUGUGUUGAUGUGACUCUGGCUCAUCCCUUGAGUUAUGGAGUCUCCUUCUGCCUGAAGGAUCAGGCAGGAGGACCGGCUGAGGAGCAGACAGCAGCUGUUUGAGCCGAGGCAUGAAUGGACCGAAGAAACCACAACCGUCUCGUUAGCUUGCGGCGCCCACCGCUGUCCAUACAGAAGAUGCUUCACACCUCCAGGCUCGGGUCAGCUUCAGCAAAACAAGUUCUGAUUUUAGUGUUUUGUCAGAAACUUUUGUGCUUCACCUGACCCUGUUUUUGCUGACAUGACAUGGACGUUUGUCCUCCAUGAAGACAGGUGGUCAUCAAACUGUGGCCUCUUUAUUAAAUUAUUUAAAACAUGAUAAAGUUUACUUCUUACUUUUAUUUUGGAGGAUUUGAUCGGGAUGUGACAGGAAGCAGCUUUGUGUCAAAACAGAAAACGAACUGAUUGAUGCUGAAAUAUUAUGAAACAGACCAAAUAAACAUCAUUAUGAUGCUUCACAAGUCUGUUGGAUGACUGGAAUCAGCCAACAGUCAGCAGCUGCUUCUGAAGCUCUAAAGUCUGGUUUUUUAUUUGGUCUGUGAACGCACCAUCUCCACACAUUACAGCAACAGGCUCGCUCUGACUGACCUGCUCCACUGCAUCUAAUCUGAUUUCUUUGUAAUUGAAUUUGUUUAUGAUGAUACGGAUCAGAAUCGGCCUAAAUCAUGGUUGGAGAGUCACAACGGCACACCUCUAAGUAUUGCAUUUUAUUUAAAUGAUUCUUUUAGCAGACGUAAACCUGAUAAAACAAAUCCCUUUAUCCAAUUUUAGUUUUGCAACUGUGUCCUUUUGAAACACGCUCUGCCUUUAAGAUGCAGCCAUCAUAAAUCUACAAACAUAAUCCUGUCAUAAUGAUGAUGUUUUGUUAAAAAGUUUAGUAUUAUGUAAUAUAAACGAAAAGAAAAGUGAAAAACGUUAACGUUUCUAAGAAUUGUUCUCGGUGUGGAGGAUGAAAGGUUAAAUCCGGGAUGGAAGACAAACAUAAAAGCGGUAAAAAGGACAUUUUAUUCACGAGCGUUAUUUGUUGACAUGUUGCGUUAAAACAAGUGAGUAAAUUAACUUCCCACAGUCUUUAGUAUCAGCCUAGAACAUGAGAUGUAAUUACAUCUUUACACAUUUAAAGUGUCAAACCGAUGCAGGAAGUGAACCAAACAUGGUCCAGUCUUUUAAAACCUAAUAAAGUCUGCAGCUGCGUGUUUUAUAACAUAGAGUUAUAAUAUAUUUAGCAUUAUGUUAGAUAAAAUAAAAUCCUAUUUUCAUUACUUAACUUAAUAACCUCAUGUUGUUGUGUUUAUGCAGCUUAAGAACCAAAUAAGAGAAGCUCGUGUUGCUCAACAGUAGAAGCACGGACAAGACCCAACCACACAUCCUGUGUCUGUUUUCACACCAUCUUUACACACAAGCCUCACUCUUUCUCACUCACACAGCUUCCUGAUGCUGUUAUGUCUAAAAUAUUAUUGCUGCUGUUAAAUUAUCACCACAUUUAAUGAUGGUAACAAUGCAGGAUUCUGUAAAAUAGUACAGAUUUGAUUCCAUUAUUUGCACUGGAGAAAGUGAAGGUGAACAAGAGACACAACAAGCAGAAUGGAAAAGUGGUGUCACAGAUGAUAAACCAGAUAGACUUUGCUCCAACCACAGUUACAUUUACUGUGCUCAUCUGCAGCUAACCUUUCCAUUCUGUUGGUUAGCUACAAGCAAGGGCGGAAAUCCCAUUUCGAUUUUGGGGGGGGGGACAAUAAACAGUAAAACUUCAGAGAGAAACUUUUGGGGGGACAUGAAAAAAAUACUCUACAACACUGUAUGUCCUUAUAAGAGACUGACCUGAGACUCUGUGUCUGACCGGCUCUGGCUGCCUGUGCUCCAGUGACUGGACUUUGCCUAAUGAAACCAUUUAGAAACAAUUUCAUUUUUUUCUUAUAGAUGUCUUUAUCAAAAUGCAAGUUUCUACUUACUUGACGUUCUGGAGCAUUAAAAAACGACCUGAUGUCUGCUGUUUUUCGUUUCUCUGCCAUUUCAACUGACCUGGUCUGCUGACAGUUGGACAGCAACACACACACAGAUGGGAUGUUGUCAUUAGAACAGAGCUGGAGGAUAUUGAUCAACAAUAAUAUCUUGCCAAUUUUGUACAUCUCCAUUAGCAUCCUUUCUUUUUCUUUUCAUUUCAAUAACAAGACUGUGGCCUAAAAUGGAAUAAGCAAUUCAGAAUAAAGAUUUAAAAGUAGAUCAUUAAUAGUUGAAGCAACAUGUCCUGAAAUGACACGGCUAUUAGCUGACCAGCAGCUACACGUGUGGACGGAUGCAAAGCAUUAAUUUUAAGUACUAAAACAUAUCCAACUUUUCACAACAAAGAGAGAGAACAUAAAUGUCAAAUUAAAUUUUUAUUAAAUCACAUAACAUGAAAGCUACUAAAAUCCAAAUAGUUCCAUAUUGAUUUUAAUAUAUUUGAAAAUUUCCUUCUAAAUAUGUCUAGAAAAAAUAACAACCUUCAAAUCAGCUUUCACAAGUCAAUUAUCAAAAUGACUGAAAUCUCUUUAAUAAAUCAUAGAAAUGUUUGUAGGCUAUUAGAGAAUAACUGUAAUAUUUAAUAACUUUAUCUAAGUCCUAUGAUACAAAAAUCGAAAUAAAUCCAUUCAUUCGUUCAUUCAUACAGCGACUUCCGGUUUCUCCCCUUUACGUUUCCU